AUGAGUUUAUGGCCUGCAUUCAGUGCAAAUUUGGACCCAUCUCGAGUGUCGGAUUAUUACUACUUGGCUCAUAUCAGUCCCAAUGAAGAUCAGUCUAGUGGUCGCGUAAAGGGUACUGAUGUGGAAGUGAUUCGGCUUCCGGACAACGUUAUAGUGGCAAACACCGCGAUGGACAGCAAAGGAUCAACCAUUGCUGGGCUGUCCAACCUAGGUAUGUGUAUGGCUUUACAAGGGAUACCUGAGGUCGAUGGAACACCACCCGGACGGUGUCUGCUGAUAGCCGCUUUUGAAUCCGGUGACAUGUUUCUUCUGGCACGAGGAAAAAUUUUGGCCCGGUUGAAAAACGCCCUCGGUGAAGCGGUUCCCAUCAUGUCCCUGGCUGUUCUACCAGUCCCCUAUUCGAAUUCCAAAACUCCUUGCAUGAUUGCUUUGGGUGGUCCGAGCCAAGAGACUUCAACGCAUACUUCAGCGCGUCCACUAGGUUUUUUCAGUCUUCUGUGGGGUAAUUCAGAGGAUGAAAACGACGUGAAGUUCAUUUCAUUACGUGACAAAUUGCCUGUGCGAUCUUGCGGUACCAGUUCAUUAUUAUGGCGCCCAGACCACCGGAUAUUAGCUGUUGGGCAAUGGGAUGGAGAAAUCCGGCUAGUCGAAACACGCUAUACUGAUAGAUGGCGUGUUUAUCAUCUUGGAUGGCUAGCUAGUCUUGGUGCGAUUGACUCUGGCGAACUGCUAGGUGAUUGGGCUGCAACGACAAUACAACAACCUCAUGGGCCAAUUAUUGAUCAACAAUCAACCACUGUGCGCGCAUUGCUUUUUACACACGAGUCUCAUUGGCUAAUCAGUGCCGCACCAGCUAGUGCUGGUGCAGUUGGGAGUCUGUUGGUGUGGGACGUCUAUCGGACAACAAACAGCGAAACGUUAUGA